AUGGAGAUCCUCGAGUCACAAAAUAAGCACAAGGCGCAGAGGAGCAGGGUUAAGGGCCGUGUACAAAAAUGCAUCCAAAGCUCCGAGAGUGACGUAAUAAAUCUUGUAGUAGGAAACCCGAAGCUUUUCUACAACCCCAUGAGGCAAUCCACUCGAAAUAUUGACCCCAUUCCUUUGCUAAAAACGGAUGACGGUGUCGAAAUUUCCAAGAACAACGAAAAAGCUGAACAUCUAUCCCGCUUCUUUCAGUUGGUUUUUACGAUAGAACCCGAGCUAACCAUCGUCGAAUUCAGUGUGAGUGAGAUCCCGACCACUGACUUAGGUGCCCUCAAGGAAGUUACUGUUUUGCAAGAACUUCUAAAGAUCCAAGAAACGAAUUCGACAGGCUCGGAUGGAAAACCUGCGAGGUUGUUUAAAUAG